AUGCAUCCACCCUUGCUGCCCGUCGUUGAGCCCUGGAUGAAAGACUGCAUCGCCUGCCACUUCAACGACCAACCUCUGAACCGCCAUGGCCAGCCAGACUGGUUCAGCGAGAGACACAUGGCCUGGAUCGAAAAUCUGUUCAGAUGGAAACGGGGCGAUUUCGUCCUUAUGGUUCACCGGUUCGGACCUGAGCUCGCGAAGAGCUGCAGUAGCAGUGUCUUCAAUAGCAUUAGGAAUGUCAAGGCCGAGGUGGGACCCCAGCCUCGUGUUGAGAUUAAUGGACGUGAUGUGCCGGCUUGGUUCACGCCGGGGCAUAAUAGGUGGCUGGAAUUGACUUUGGGUUGGGCUAAGGGCCAAGCUGUUAAGGCUUAUCAGGGGGAUCGAUAUUUGGUGGAAGGAGCAUUGAAAGUGGUGUCUGAGGCUGCUGCGCUGUUCGGAACUAUCCCUCCCGUUGAUGGUGGUGAUCCAGCCCCGCGAUACGAGCAUUAUGGAGGCCAACCGCAAGGCAAUGGCCCUGCUUCAGCAUACUCUGUCGCUGAACCAGGCCGCCGCCCUGUAUCAGCAAGCACUCAACGACGACCGACGUCUCACCGGCCUCAGCGUACGACCACAAGAGGCAACUCGACGACCAAUGCCAGGGCACCUGUCCCAGAGAUCGCUCCUACCUUGGAUUUAGACUUCGGGGAGUCUUUCGCCGAAGGCUGGGGUCAAGCAACAGAUACACAGUGGUUUGAUUCCAUAACAACGGGACGCCAAUGGCCUGUGCCUGGGCCAUCAACCUCACGAGAGACGCAAACAUAUCCGAUUGUCAGGCCAGCAAUCAUUGAUACACCGGUUCUCGACAUGGAUGAUCAAAUGCAAAUGGAUAUGGAGGCGAACGAGCGUACAUCACGCCCACAGCGCCUCAAUCAGAUUCGAAGAAAGUCUGUCCCACCGCGAUCGACUGGGCACAAUCUAAGACGAAGUCCUCCGCACUUGAGCCCGAGACAGAGAAGCCAGCGGCCUGAACGACGCACGUCUCCCUCAAGUCGUACACCAAGUGUGAUCAACAGUUCGCAGCAUCGAGUUCGCCGGCCUGCUGCUCGAUCACCACCUCGAGGUAACCGGUAA